AUGUCAAGAGCAAAUAGUCCCGCAGCUCCACAAGGAAAUAAUGAAAAUCAACAAGUGGCAGAUAAUAUUGAAGCAGCCAUGAGGAGGCCACGGGAUGAAAAUGUACCGCCUCCUGCUGCUGCUGCUGCUCAGCCUCCACAAAUACGGCAGAGAACUGAAGAGGGGCCCAAUUGGACAAUGAACAGUUCUAUUGAAGAUGUAUUGCUGCAACGCUAUGAGGGUUUGAGGGAUAUGACACUGCAUGACUUUUUGCUGAAAAAGUUUUUUAACACGUAUGACACAGAGAAUGUGGCCAUGGAUGUGUUUGUCCAGAGCCCGGAGGAUUAUAUUUUGGAUGCCGGGAUUCUAGGAAGGAUACGGCGGCUUUAUCAGUUUGAGGAAUAUAAAGAAUUAUAUAACCAAUUCUCUGAAAUGAAGCGGAAAGCAAGGUACCUUGACGAAAAAGAAAUUUACUACCUCAGUCAGUGGGAGGAGAAGGGAAGAGGGGAAAUAAGAGAAUUUGUUGGUCCCAUGGCGAGGGGAAGGUUGGAUGGAGCACUGGAGGUCGCCAAGAGAGCGGAAAAGCGAGCUGCCCAAACAGCUGGUGGUGCUGUCGAACUUGAAGGAGUGUAUGAAUCCAUAUAUAAUGCGAAAUGGAGUUAUGUAAUGUCGGGUUAUAAUGAAGAGCCACUUGGCAUGAAAGUGUUUGAUGGAAAACCACAGUGCAUAUGGACCGAAGCGGAGGUGGAUAUAACUCCUGACCCUGCGAAUGUUGAUGCAGAGAUUGAGGAGAGGCCUGAUGGUUUGGAGAUUUUUGUUCUCACUUCGGAGAAGGGUUGGCCAUACAACGGGUUUGCAUUGGAUGACGCUGAGAUAUGCUUGGAAAAUUUUAAGCAUGUAUAUAUCCGUCGUGAAAUUAUGCGCGUGUGGUAUAUAAUCCAACGAGGGCUGCAAGGAAGGUGGGUGGAAAAAGCUGAGAUAACACCGAGACAUAUUGUUAUUGGUACACCUGGUAUUGGUAAAUCAUAUGGUGUUGGAUCAUUUUUGCUUCAUUCAUUGCUUCACUUCAAUGAUGGAAUGCUUGAUGUUGUUGCAUAUUUCGUGGGUAAAAUAGCCUAUUUAAUAUAUAACAAGAAACCCGGAGAAGGGGGGAAGGUUGAGCAAUAUGAAGACGUGAAAGCUGCUGUUAGGGUCAUAGCUGCGUUAGUAUUCAAGAAAAAAAAAGGGCACAUCAUUGUUGACAUAUGCAAGAAUGCGCAGACGCCACCCGAUGGUCUGCCGGUUCACGCUUGGGGUGUAACUCUCCUCACUUCUCCGGAUGAGGCCCAUUUUCAUCACUGGUCAAAAGACAAGAGAGACGUAGGAAUUAUUAUAAACUGUGAUGAUGUGCGUGACAUGAAGGCAUUUGUGGCAUGGACUAAGCUGUCUGUAGCAUCAGGCUAUGCGGCACUUGAUGAAGAAGCUCAGGCGAGGAUUGUAGAAGAACUUAAAAAUGAGUGGGAAACAAUAAAGAGCCGUAUUAAUGUGGUUGGGCCAGUGCCUCGUUGCGUUUACAACAGCGCGGGGUACACAAAACGUGUGUCUCAGGCAAAAAAGAUGAUAACGUCCAUCAAUGGUGACAACAAAAGUCACUACGAGGACAUAAUGGGGAAAAUUGCCGAUUGGCGAAAUGAUAAGGUAACGCACAGGUUAGUGAAAAUCGUCCGUGUGCGAGAUGCCGGAGAGAGCGUCGAUGAAUACCGCUGCCGGCCACUUUCGGUUUGCAUUGGGAAUGCUAUAUUUUUCAAACUGCUUGCCAUUGAUGUGGAGAAAAUGGCUAUCCGUCAAGUUACGAUGUCAGACGAGAGUGCCGCAGCCAACGUGUUUGAAUCAAGGGCGUUGCUUUCGCUUCUUUUUCCUCGAGUUUUUAAAGUUAUCGCAGACAACUUGAAAUACCUGCGACGAGGCGGAGAAAUAGCUGACCGUCGAAGCAUACUGAACGACAUGGCUCCUCAGCAGUUGAAACUCACUGGGCAGAAGGCCUUACCUGCGGCCCACCAGCGACCAAUUGAUAAUUGUGAAUACAUGGUUCUCUACCGCCCUGCCACAGGCAAUGAACCCGUGGUGGAUGGCUUUUUUUUCGUUGAGGGGCGGCUCAGGAGAGCCCCUGACGGAGCAGCGCCACCGACCACUCCAAAUAUAGCUGUGCUUUUACAAGUAACCAAGUCGGACAGGCACCCCACCACUACGGAUAAGGUGCAGAAGUUCCGAGAAAACAUGGCAAGAUAUUUUUCUGAUUGGGGUGCGUUUUCCCGCGACAUGGUUUGGGAGAUGAUAUACAUUAAUUCGGUUAACGGUGGCACGAUAACCAUCAGGCAACUUUGUGAUGGCGACGACCCCGCCGAAGCGGCAGAUAUGUGGAGAAACAUGGCUCAAUACCAAGUAACGUUAAGGGAAGAAAUGCAGGGGCAGCUAAUGCGAGCAUAUAGAGAUGAAUGUUGGUAUCGGGAUGCUCCACUUCUGGCCAUGGAGCCUGCGCCGCAGCCACGCAACGAGCAAGCGGGAGCGCAAGGAGGGUGA